AAUGAAUCAGGCCAUCCCACAGAGUGGGUGUCUCCUUCCCAAGUUGCUCUCCAGGGCACAAUUAAAACCCCUAUAAAAGGCCAAGCUCCCAGUUACCAGGUACACUUGCCAGCAGUGUCAGCGAGCACUUGACUUCUUUCUCUGGUGAAGUGGGUUUACUUGAAGAAAGAAAAAAAUGUCUCCACUUUUGAAAAGCAUCAUUGAUAUUAUUGAAAUUUUCAACCAAUAUGCCUCACAUGACUGUGAUGGGGCAGUACUAAAGAAGAAAGACCUAAAGAUCCUUCUUGACAGGGAAUUUGGAGCUGUCCUUCAGAGACCACAUGACCCUGAGACGGUAGACGUGAUGCUAGAACUUCUGGAUCGCGACUCUGAUGGUCUGGUCGGGUUCGAUGAAUUCUGCCUACUUAUUUUCAAGUUGGCUCAAGCGGCUUAUUAUGCACUUGGCCAGGCCUCGGGGUUAGACGAGGAAAAGCGGUCCCACGGUGAGGGCAAGGGGCGCCUGUUACAAAAUCGCAGGCAAGAAGAUCAAAGGAGAUUCGAACUCCGGGACAGACAAUUCGAAGAUGAACCAGAGCGACGACGCUGGCAAAAGCAGGAACAGGAGAGGGAGCUCGCUGAGGAAGAGGAACAGAGGAAGAAACGAGAGCGAUUCGAGCAGCACUACAGUAGGCAGUACCGCGACAAGGAGCAGCGGCUCCAAAGGCAAGAACUAGAAGAGCGCCGCGCAGAGGAAGAGCAGCUGCGAAGGCGCAAGGGUCGCGACGCGGAGGAGUUCAUUGAGGAAGAGCAGCUGCGAAGGCGAGAGCAGCAAGAGCUGAAGAGGGAGCUCCGCGAGGAGCAGCAGCAAAGGCGAGAGCGCCGAGAGCAGCACGAGCGGGCGCUCCAGGAGGAAGAAGAGCAGCUGCUGAGACAGAGGCGCUGGCGCGAGGAACCACGCGAGCAGCAGCAGCUGAGGCGCGAGCUGGAAGAGAUACGCGAACGCGAGCAGAGACUUGAGCAGGAGGAGAGGCGCGAGCAGCAGCUGAGGCGCGAGCAGAGACUUGAGCAGGAGAGGCGCGAGCAGCAGCUGAGGCGCGAGCUGGAAGAGAUACGCGAACGCGAGAAGAGACUUGAGCAGGAGGAGAGGCGCGAGCAGCGACUUGAGCAGGAGGAGAGGCGCGAGCAGCAGCUGAAGCGCGAGCUGGAAGAGAUACGCGAACGCGAGCAGAGGCUUGAGCAGGAGGAGAGGCGCGAGCAGCUGCUGGCUGAGGAGGUGCGGGAACAGGCCCGGGAGCGAGGCGAGAGCCUCACCCGGAGGUGGCAGCGGCAGCUAGAGAGUGAGGCCGGCGCACGUCAGAGCAAAGUCUACUCCAGGCCCCGCAGGCAGGAAGAGCAGAGUCUCCGCCAGGACCAGGAGAGGAGGCAGCGCCAGGAACGUGAACGGGAGCUGGAAGAGCAGGCCCGCCGGCAGCAGCAGUGGCAAGCAGAAGAAGAGAGCGAGAGGCGCCGCCAGAGGCUGUCGGCCAGGCCCUCGUUGCGCGAGAGGCAGCUGAGGGCGGAGGAGCGCCAGGAGCAGGAACAACGGUUCCGGGAGGAGGAGGAGCAGCGGCGCGAGAGGAGGCAGGAGCUGCAGUUCCUCGAGGAGGAGGAGCAGCUCCAGCGACGGGAGCGUGCCCAACAGCUCCAGGAAGAGGACAGCUUUCAGGAGGAUCGGGAGAGGAGGCGACGCCAACAGGAGCAGCGCCCCGGCCAAACAUGGAGGUGGCAACUCCAGGAAGAAGCCCAAAGACGCCGUCACACGCUGUACGCCAAACCGGGGCAGCAGGAGCAGCUGAGGGAGGAAGAGGAGCUGCAAAGGGAGAAGAGGCGCCAGGAGCGGGAGAGAGAAUAUCGGGAGGAAGAGAAACUGCAGAGAGAGGAAGACGAGAAGAGACGACGCCAGGAACGCGAGAGACAAUACCGGGAGUUAGAGGAGCUGCGGCAGGAAGAGCAGCUGCGUGACAGGAAACUCCGCGAGGAGGAGCAGCUCCUUCAAGAAAGGGAGGAAGAGAGGCUGCGCCGCCAGGAACGCGAGAGGAAACUCCGCGAGGAGGAGCAGCUGCUGCGCCAGGAGGAGCAGGAGCUCCGCCAGGAACGCGAGAGGAAACUCCGCGAGGAGGAGCAGCUGCUGCGUCGGGAGGAGCAGGAGCUCCGCCAGGAACGCGAGAGGAAACUCCGCGAAGAGGAGCAGCUGCUUCAGGAGAGGGAGGAAGAGAGGCUGCGCCGUCAGGAACGCGCCAGGAAACUCCGUGAGGAGGAGCAGCUGCUGCGCCAGGAGGAGCAGGAGCUCCGCCAGGAACGGGAGAGGAAACUCCGCGAGGAGGAGCAGCUGCUGAGACGCGAGGAGCAGCUACUGCGCCAGGAACGCGACAGGAAACUCCGCGAAGAGGAGCAGCUCCUUCAGGAAAGCGAGGAAGAGAGGCUGCGCCGCCAGGAACGCGAGCAACAACUUCGUCGGGAGCGCGACAGAAAGUUCCGCGAGGAGGAGCAGCUCCUUCAGGAGAGGGAGGAAGAGCGGCUGCGCCGUCAGGAACGCGAGAGGAAACUCCGUGAGGAGGAGCAGCUCCUUCAGGAGAGGGAGGAAGAGCGGCUGCGCCGUCAGGAACGCGAGAGGAAACUCCGUGAGGAGGAGCAGCUGCUGCGCCAGGAGGAGCAGGAGCUCCGCCAGGAACGCGAGAGGAAACUCCGUGAGGAGGAGCAGCUGCUGCGCCAGGAGGAGCAGGAGCUCCGCCAGGAACGCGAGAGGAAACUCCGCGAGGAGGAGCAGCUGCUGCGCCAGGAGGAGCAGGAGCUCCGCCAGGAACGCGAGAGGAAACUCCGCGAGGAGGAGCAGCUGCUGCGCCAGGAGGAGCAGGAGCUCCGCCAGGAACGCGACAGGAAACUCCGCGAAGAGGAGCAGCUCCUUCAGGAAAGCGAGGAAGAGAGGCUGCGCCGUCAGGAACGCGAGAGGAAACUCCGUGAAGAGGAGCAGCUGCUGCGUCGGGAGGAGCAGGAGCUCCGUCGGGAACGCGCCAGGAAACUCCGUGAGGAGGAGCAGCUGCUUCAGGAGAGGGAGGAAGAGAGGCUGCGCCGUCAGGAGCGCGCCAGGAAACUCCGUGAGGAGGAGCAGCUGCUGCGCCGGGAGGAGCAGGAGCUUCGUCAGGAGCGCGACAGAAAGUUCCGCGAAGAGGAGCAGCUGCUUCAGGAGAGGGAGGAAGAGAGGCUGCGCCGUCAGGAACGCGACAGAAAGUUCCGCGAGGAAGAAAGACAGCUUCGUCGCCAGGAACUCGAGGAACAGUUUCGUCAGGAGCGCGACAGGAAAUUCCGCGAGGAGGAGCAGCAGCGACGCCGCCAGGAACGCGAGCAACAACUUCGUCGGGAGCGCGACAGAAAGUUCCGCGAGGAGGAGCAGCUCCUUCAGGAGAGGGAGGAAGAGCGGCUGCGCCGUCAGGAACGCGCCAGGAAACUCCGCGAGGAGGAGCAGCUGCUGAGACGCGAGGAGCAGCUACUGCGCCAGGAACGCGACAGAAAGUUCCGCGAGGAGGAGCAGCUGCUUCAGGAAAGGGAGGAAGAGAGGCUGCGCCGACAGGAACGCGAGAGGAAACUCCGCGAGGAGGAGCAGCUGCUUCAGGAAAGGGAGGAAGAGCGGCUGCGCCGUCAGGAACGCGAGCAACAACUUCGUCGGGAGCGCGACAGAAAGUUCCGCGAGGAGGAGCAACUGCUUCAGGAAAGCGAGGAAGAGCGGCUGCGCCGUCAGGAGCGCGCCAGGAAACUCCGCGAGGAGGAGCAGGAGCUCCGCCAGGAACGCGCCAGGAAACUCCGCGAGGAGGAGCAGCUGCUGCGCCAGGAGGAGCAGGAGCUCCGCCAGGAACGCGACAGAAAGUUCCGUGAGGAGGAGCAGCUGCUGCGUCGGGAGGAGCAGGAGCUCCGUCGGGAGCGCGACAGAAAGUUCCGCGAGGAGGAGCAGCUGCUUCAGGAAAGGGAGGAAGAGCGGCUGCGCCGUCAGGAGCGCGCCAGGAAACUCCGCGAGGAAGAAGAGCAACUGCUGUUUGAGGAGCAGGAAGAGCAGAGGCUCCGGCAGGAGCGAGACCGGCGGUACCGAGCAGAGGAGCAGUUUGCCAGAGAGGAGAAGAGCCGUCGUCUGGAAAGAGAGCUGCGUCAAGAAGAAGAGCAGAGACGCCGCCGGGAACGGGAGAGGAAAUUCCGGGAAGAGCAGCUCCGCCGCCAGCAGGAGGAGGAGCAGAGGCGCCGCCAACUGCGGGAGAGACAAUUCCGAGAAGAUCAGAGCCGUCGGCAAGUUCUGGAGCCCGGUACACGUCAGUUUGCUAGGGUCCCGGUGCGCUCCAGCCCUCUUUAUGAAUACAUCCAAGAGCAGAGAUCUCAGUACCGCCCCUAAGAGAUGUUGCCGGUGUCCUGACACCUGCCAAAGCCUCAAGCAAAAGAAAGUGAGAAACAGUGCGUACCAAACGAUAACGCAAAUGUUUCUGGUUGUGGGAAAAUUCUCUGAUGUUAGAAUGUGUCUUUUCUUCCAAAAUCUUUACACUCAUUUCAUGUACUUUGUACUUCUACCUUUUAUUCUUUGUCAAGUAGUUCUUUACUACAAUAUAUCUUUGCUCUUUGGUGCAGAUAUAGUGAGCAUUUUUUAAAACAACAACCCUUUAAUUUGUUUAAGGAGUUUUGUUUGAGGAACACGUUGAUUUAUUGCCUUAAAAGUGGCAAGAAUAAUAGGACAAUUUGAUAUUGAGAAAAAUUGGCUCUACAUCAUUAACAAUUGAACCAUCUUGUGGAGUGUUCAAAUGUUUUUAAUGUUCAAGUUGAUAUUUCGUCUUAGGCCUAAAUUUAAUUCACCUUUACUUCCAAAUAGCUUCAGAUCUUUUGUGGCAUAGUUAACACAGAUUCUUCCAGGUGACUGAGUUUUUACAAUCCUUGAAUAGUACAAGGGGAAGUGACUUCUGCAGUAAAACUCCCUAUGAAGUUAAGUCCUUAACUGGAAGAAUACCACUUAAGAAUAAGGUUUAGCUUGGAGACAAAAUUCGGAAUAUGUUUUCCUACACAACUCCACUUGAACACAAACACUUAAUCUCUUGAAGCAAAAAUAAGAUGUUUCUCAAACAAUUUCAGAGCUCAUAUAUUAAAACUAUCUCCUGUAGUUUCUAGUGCUGUGUUCUGUUUCCCCCAAGUUUUGAUGGGUUUGGGAAUAUACCUUUGUGAACUUUGUCUUAGAGGGAACCUGACCAGGAUCCUAUCUUGCUGUAGGACCCAUGAGAUCACAGAACGUGUUGGGGGAUGGAAACGGGGAAAAUGUGUGAACAGAGCGGCAAGUUUCUAGAUGCUCUUUAACAAGAUUCAUCAGCCCACAAUCCUUUGAGGCCUAUUGAUACUACCUUGGAGACAGUCUUGUUGAAAUAAUUGCACUGUGAGACAUCAAUAAUAAAUGUUUGGCAAGUAA